CAGUCAAAAACGGACGGCAGCGAAGAGAACAUCUGCUUCCUCAAGGCCUCUCCUCGAAAACACAAGUAGGCCGGUUUCCCCCGCCUCAGGAUGCGAAAGACCCACAUACUCUGUAUCGUGAUUCUUGGGAGUUUCCUGACCAUCGCUGCCUUGCACUGGCAGCUCACCCGCAUGGCGCGCCAGUGGGUGCCCUCGCCCUGUGCCUGCUGCGCCACCUUCCAGCCCCCGCCGCUGGCCAACGCCACCACCCUGAGCGACGGUACCUACACCUACCGCCUCAACCCGGGCAUCUACAAUGACCUCUUCCCACACCUGCAGCAAUAUCGGUGCCGGCAGCUCACCUGCGAGCAGAGCUGGUGCCCGGAGACCUCUGCCGCCCCGCUGCUUCUCCUGGCCAUCAAGUCCCACCCGGGGUCCAGCGCAAGAAGGGCGGCACUGCGGCGCACCUGGGUGCGGCCGCGGGAGAUGGGGGGCUUCCGGAUCCGACAUGUGUUCCUGAUGGCCAUGUCGCCCAACCAGAAGCAGAUGAACCUGGCGACGGAGGAGAACGAGGAGUUCAGGGACAUCCUGUUGUGGGAUUUCAUGGAGUCGCACCACAACCUGUCCCUGAAGGAACGAUGUUUCCUGCAGUGGGUACACAGCAGCUGCCCAGGUGUGGCCUACAUCUUCAAAGGGGACGAUGACCUCUUUGUGAACCUGCCGGCGCUGACCGAGUACCUGGCUCAGACCCCCAACGCCUCCCGCUUCAUCCAUGGGAACAUCCAGCGCCACUCAGCUGUGUUGAGGACAGGGAAGUACGGCGUCUCCACUGCCCUCUACUCGCAGCCAUACUACCCCAACUUUGCCUCCGGUGGGGGCUUCAUAGUGCCCGGCCCCCUGAUCCCUGCCCUACAUCAGGCGUCCCUGGAGCUCCCAGUCUUCCCUCUCGACGACGUCUACAUGGCAUUCCUAACUCUGGCUGCCGGGAUCCCCCACCGCCACGACAAGCGCUUCAAAGUCUGGGGCAUCCCCAAGGACGACAUUGCGUUGUACCGGGACUCCCUGACGGUGCACGGGAGCUCGAUAGAAAGGAUGGAGGAGGUGUGGCAGGAGCUCUGGGUCAGCUGAGUGGCGGCCGCCCGUCUGUGCAUAGCUGUCAACUGUCCCUUAUUUGGCGGGAAAGUCCCUUAUCCCAACGCUGUGUCCUGCUGCUGUCCCUUAUUGA